CUACCAACUGGUGCCCAAUCGCCGCGGUGGAAAGAACCUCAUCUUCCAGGGGCACAUGUACUCCGUGGAACGUAAGUACCGAAAUAGCAUCAACUGGGUGUGUUCCAAGAACAGUAACAGCGUGCUCCGCUGCCCGGCGAGGUGCGUCACAAAUCGGGAAGGUGUCAACGGCAUUAAGCUGAGCCACCGCCGCCACAAUCAUCCGGCAGAUUCCUUUAAGCCACACAAGCGCUGUCGAAAGCGUCACGGGAAACGCAACAGCAAGUAACCAUGUUCCAGGCGACUUCCAGCAAAGCAUGCAGCUUUCAAACCAGGAUUUGCAAAAUUGUUAGUUACACUAAAUGGCUUAAAUAUAAAUGUAUUCUCAUCGGUGUCAAA